UGGGUCGAGGGGCUCGUGGAAAUAACAUAUAACAUGGCUUCGGUUCACUGAGUAGGACUCGCCAGCUUGCAUUUCCUUAUAUGCCGGCCUCGAACUUUCCCGAAGCGUUUGAACAGAGGUGAUCAUUCAGGAUUAUGGAGAGAAACGCAUUCUCGCCAAACAUGGAGUUGUCACAUGUUUGUGACCAGAUGUGGAAAGCUGAUAGCAACCGGUUAGUCCCUGAAGUUGACUAUGCUAUCGACCCUCAAGGAAAGACUAGGUUUCACUCUAGGUCUGACCAGGCCAGCGACCCUCUUUUCACCUGGGUCAACCCAGAGGCACUGCGUAAGCCAACAUAUGAUGCUUUUGUCAAACUUUUGGACAAUUAUGCUUCUGAGACUGGCAAGCCUGAAGUGGUCAAUCAGGAGGAGAUAAAUGAGAACCGAGUAUUCAUAGAUAGAAUUUAUGACACUGGCCCCAUGGAAAUAGCUCAUAAGUUCCUUGCUGGGAAGGGCCUGGUUCCUAGUGACAGGCCAGGAUUCAAGAAAAAGUUGUACCAGAUGUGGUUUGAGUUGUACCAACGUACAAGAGGGUGCCGUGUAAAGGACUCAUCUGGGUUUGAGCAUGUAUUUGUAGGUGAGACUCGAGGAAAAGAAGAAGUCAUUGGUUUCCAUAACUGGAUUCAAUUUUAUCUCCAGGAAAAAGCAGGAGUCGUGGACUACAAGGGAUUCUUUCCAAAUAGAAAUAAACGAAUGUCAACAGAUGCCAUGAAAGAGUGCCAGUUGGUUACCAUUCAAUUCAGCUGGAAAAGUGGUGUGAAGCCUAUUGGCAGCUCCUUCAUUGGUACCAGCCCAGAAUUUGAGAUGGCUCUCUACACCGUCUGCUUCCUUGCUGGUGGUGGUCAUGACGUUCACUUGGAUAUGGAAGAUUAUGAUGUGAUUAUCAAAAUUCACACAUUUCAUGGGGGAAAAUACAUAGGGUCUUGCUAUCCCCAAGCUGUUUGAAACAUCAAGUCUGCUAGCUACCUGUAAUUUUCUAAUUGAAAUUAAAAUUUCCAACUAAAAAAAUUAUCUCAUUCACUCCAACAAUACAAAUCUUUUAGUAGAAGCCCAUGUUCACAAAUGCUAAAGCUAAAUGAGACACACAGGUGAUAAUUGGCAUCAUUACAAGGUAGAUUUUGACAAAGUAUUUGUUUAUUUUCUCAUUCUAUCACAACAGACAAAUUUAAUUUCCAU